AAAGGCAAAGGUGUUUGGCCAGCAGACGGGUUGGGAGGUGUCAGAGUUCCCGUGCUGUUUCACGAAGCUCCUAGGAGAGAUUUCAGCCAAUGACAGCGAGGCGGGCGGGCUCUGAUGCUGGGAGAGAGUGAGCAGAGCGCGGAGUGUCAGUGCGUGUGUGUGGAAGAGCCGGCAGCUUUGCACCGAGCCCCGUAGAAUCUUUCUUAGCUCUAAGCAGACACCAUGCGGGGGGUUUCCGCUGCUACUCACCUGCACCGUCAUCUGUGCUGGAUACUCGGCGCGGCGCUCACUGUCCUGCUCUCAAUCACAGGAGUGCCGGUGCGCAGCGGGGAUGCCGGUUUCGCAAAAGCCAUGGACAACGUCACGGUUCGACAAGGGGACAGCGCCAUCCUCAGGUGCACAGUAGACAACAGUGUGACACGAGUGGCCUGGCUAAAUCGUAGCACCAUCUUAUACACUGGCAAUGACAAGUGGUCAAUAGACCCCCGUGUGGUGAUUCUGGCCAACACACAGAGUCAGUACAGCAUUGAGAUCCAGAAUGUGGACAUUUAUGAUGAGGGAGCCUACACCUGCUCUGUGCAGACAGACAAUCAUCCCAAAACCUCUCGUGUACAUCUCAUUGUGCAAGUUGCACCUCAAAUCCUAAAUAUCUCUUCUGACGUUACUGUUAAUGAAGGAAGCACUGUUGCACUACGAUGUCUAGCCACCGGCCGACCUGAGCCAGCAGUGACGUGGAGACAUUUCACUGGCAAAUCACACCGGUUUGUAAGUGAUGAUGAAUACUUGGAAAUCACAGGAAUCACCAGAGAUCAGUCUGGACAGUAUGAAUGCAGCGCAGCCAAUGAUGUUUCAGCUCCUGAUAUCAGAAGAGUUAGAGUCACGGUAAACUAUCCACCAUAUAUUUCCAAUACCAGAAAUACAGGAGCUUCACUGGGACAAAAAGGCACUCUGCGUUGUUCGGCUUUAGCUGUCCCACUAGCAGAGUUCCAGUGGUAUAAAGAAGAUGCCAGGUUAGCCAAUGGACUAGAUGGUGUUAGGAUUGAAAACAAUGAGCAUAUGUCCAUUCUAACAUUUUUCAAUGUCUCGGAAAAGGAUUAUGGAAAUUAUACGUGUGUUGCUUCAAAUAAACUUGGAAACAUUAAUGCCAGUGUCAUAUUAUAUGCAGGACCUGGAGCCAUUCAUAAUAGAAGCAGCUCGGCUUCUGCAGCAAUAGCUGCCACCUGUCUUUGGUGUUCUAUCCUGUACUCCCUCACAAAGUUUUGAACAUGGAGUGGGGGUUCUCAAUGAUGCCAGGGAGAUGUUGGUGGAUUCUCCCUCUACACUUCAACAAGAAAUAACUUGGGGGGAUGCCUCAGCCCUACACUCUGUUUCUCCCCCGGGUCUUAGGUAGUUUGCUGAAUUUCAAUGCAUAUUUUGUUUCUAUUCACACAUCUUUACCCACUGUUCUUUACCCACUGUUUCCCAAACUGUGACGACGUACCCGGGAGAGCAAAUGGGUUGGUUUCUUGUGUUGGUGUCUUUGUAAAUCCCUGUGUGAUGCACUACAGUUCUCUAUGGAGGGUAAGGUGGGAGGCUACCUAUCUCUGCAAAAAAGGACAGUGGUCACUACUGCUGGACUUGAUGUCCAUCAUCCUCCCAUAUUUGGCUCCAAAGAUAAUUUGUGAAAGCCAGAAAUGGGCAACACGAGUGGAGGCAUCAAGGUAGCUUGGAAGCUGUACAAGAACUACUGAAAAUUCUCCGGCUACAGAGAAACAUGAGCUUAAACAUGAAUGGUUCUAAACUGUCUGUAGGAUUGUUUCCCUCGGUCCUGAACUCUCAUCAACAACAGAUGUCUUUAAAAAUACAAUAUUAAGCAUGUGGUGCCCUGUUGAGGACCUUGUGAUAUCUCUAAGAAUCCACCCGUUCAGUUUAAAAAUGCACAUCUCUAGCGUUGGGAACCCCUUUGUUAAACUAUGGACCCUCUUAUCAACCAUCCCAGCACCUUCUUCUAUGUCCUAAGAGUUUAUGAACCCACCCAAUUAAGUAGUAUUUGGAACAGUGAUUUAACUCAAUUUUCACCACCUAUAUCUGGAGGGUUUCUAAAUAUAUGUUACACACUUGCACAAGGUCCAAGUGUGCAACACAAAAAAAUCUGCCAUUAAAACAAUUGAUAACUGGUAGGUGGGUAAAUCAUAAAGUGAUUUGUCCAAAUUGGAAAGAGUAAUGUUGGAGUAGAAACAUAAAGCAAUAUAUUCUUCAUCUGACAGAAGGCCAAAACUUUUGUUAUGGGGGAAAAGGUGUUUCUUAUUUGGUUUUGGUGUGUAAUGUAUAAACAGCACACAUUAUUUGGAUCCCCAAAAAAAUAAGAACAUGGGGAUGAGGCAUUCUCAUCUAUGCAAAAUAAACUAAUAAAAAAUUCCAAAUUAUAUUUCAAAUAUUUAAUAUCCAGCUGUGGUUAGGGACAAAAUACCCCUUUAGUUUAGCAUUUUUAUUUAAUUGUUCAGAUAAGUCCCCAUGGUCCCCCACUCUGUGUUUGUGUUUCUUUUAAGAAUAAAAAUAUAUUGAUGUGAACUUUUAAACCCCAACAGUAAGCCAUGUGUAGCUCAUAAAAGCGUAUGUUACAGUAGUCUCUUCUGCAAAACUAGGCAGUCAAAAAGAUUAUGCAGUAGUAUAUCCCAGCUCAUGACCAGUUAUAAAGAAUGGCAUUGAUGUUUAUAGUAUACAGUGACUUACCCACCUACCUUUUUGCUGAACAAUAUCCACAUCUCAUGUUCAUCUCUUAACAUUCAGAUACAAAAAAGACACAAUCUGAUGUCUACAGUGAGCGGACACUUCAGAGCAUUACUGCUAAAUGCAUAUAGUAUUUGCCGUGCAUAUCUCUCAACAAAUUAUACAUGUGAUCGUAAAGACUACCAUAAGUAUACCAAUGAGUGUACACCAGUCACUGUCUGCGUAUGGAAUAUAUACAGAUAAUAGCUACAGGAGCCAGAUGCAGAGUCUACAGUGCAAUGCUCUGUCAAUAUUUAUGGUAUAGGUAUUGUCAGCCAGGCUUUUCCAAGAUAAUUAGUGUUUUAAUGCCUUAGCUGCAAAUAUAUCAACGGCAGUAUUGCAAUUGUAGGUUCCUCAUAGGAACAAAAGUCAAAGGUGCAAUCCUCUGUUGAAACUUGAAGAACAGCAUUUUUUUUUCUUUUUAUUACCAUUACUCAGUCUAGAUAUUCACUUGGUUAUGAAACCCUAGAGGGUCAGGUAUGUUGAUUUCAAUGUUAGAUGAUGAGGACACAAGCAGACUGCUGCACGUUACACAACUUUGUAAAAUUUUCUAGGCCAGGACAGUGAGAUGGUUGUAAUCCUGUGUGUGUCAAUAAAGUCUGAUAUUUGUAA